UUGCAGCCUCCUGUUCCACGGUUAGCAGUGAUAUAUACACAUGCAUCUGAAGUGUGUGAGUGUGUAGCGGGUUGUGUGUGUGUGUGUUUGUGUGUGUGUGUGUGUGUGUCUGUGUCUGUGAUCGGGAGAGACCUCAUGCGGAAUUCUGACUGGAAUUACUCUUCCUCAUCUUCCUCUCAACAUCCUUCCUCUUCCUCACUAACCAUACCUUCCUUUUAUUCCUAAGGGAAAAAGGAAGACACAUCUCACUCUCUCGCUUACUGCCUCCCCCCUAUCUCUCUCUCUCCGUCUACCUAAGUCUCUUGUUCACUGUCUCCCCCCCAUCUCUCUCUGUCUGCCAAACUCUCUCGCUCACUGUCUCUCCCCCUCUCUCUCUCUCUGUCUGCCUAUCUCUCUCUAUCUAUCUCUGUCUGACUAUCGAUCUAUCUUUCUCUCUGCCUAACUGUCUCUCUCUCACUGUUUUCCUAUCUCUCUCCCUCUGUCUUCCUACCUCUCUUAUCCUGGUGUAUAUCAGUCCACCACCUUAGAGAGACUUUGUGUAUAUUUGUGUCAGUAUCUGGAUAGGGAGAUGACUCCUCUCUCCUCCUCCUACCUCCUCCUGGCUUCCAUCUGAGGUUUGCAAUACAUACUACUACAGUGUUGUCAUGACAACCAGAGGUAGUCCGGAGAAAGAAGAAUCCUGCACCAGGUUUUGUCAGUACAUUGAGGACAACAGCCUUCGCACAUACGAUGGUCUGGUGAUCCAGAACGCCUCGGACAUCGCCCGGGAACAUGACCGUGUACGGAAUGAAACCAACUGGGCCUAUCUGCAGGAAAAACACCAGAAGAAGAGAUGGCAGGAUGAAGCUGUUAGGAGGAUUGGUGAUGAUGUUACCAUGGCAACGGAGUCGUCCUACUCGGGGAAGCACUUCCGGAUGGGGUUCAUGACCAUGCCGGCUUCCCAGGAGAGGCUUCCCGCCCCCUGCAGUCAGGGCUUCACCGUGCGCUCCCAGUCCCUCCACUCGGUGGGAGGAGGAGACGAUGACCCCAACGCCCGCAAGCACCCGCCCCCUAAACCCAAGAGAGACCCAAACACCAGGCUCAGCACGAGCUCUGAGGCCGUUAACGGGGGACCGGGAACCUCGGACGACUCCCUAGAGAUCCUGGAAGCCAGGGGUAAGUUCCAGCCUUACAAUGACGAGAGCAAGAAGAUGCCACCUCCCAAACCAAAACGAGACCCCAACACUCAGCUUAGUACAUCCUUUGACGAGUCUUACAUCGUUUACAACCAUGGCAACAAAAAAUCUUCUUUGCCAAGGGACAAAGGUUCUACUCGAAGCCAGAGUCCACUAUCCAGAGACACUGAUGGGGAGGAGCCUGUUUACAUUGAGAUGGUGGGGAACAUCCACAGAGACCUCAGGGGCCAAGAGGCCCCGGAAGACGACCAGAGUGAGGGUGUUUAUGAGGAGAUGAAGUACACCAUGUUGGAUGAACUCAUGCAGGACUCCAAAUGGGACAACAGUUGCCAGACGGUCGUACUGGAGCCAGACUUUUUGUUCCCUCCCCAGGGAUCUCUCUCUGAUAUCCCUGCACCUUUCCCCAAUCUCCUAACCCACCGCCCCCCUCUCCUUGUCUUCCCCCCGACUCCUGCACAGUGCUCACCAAACUCUGACGAGUCUCCGCUCACUCCCUUAGAGGUCACCAGACUGCCCAUGUUGGAACAUGUGGGUGUCCCCCCUGAGACACCGAAGAAGUCGUCCCACCGCCGUAAAAGCAAAGACAGGGAGAGAGACACCAUCACCCCGUCUGGCCGUUCAUCUGCUCCACCACUUGCCUCCAACCUCUAUAAUUCAUCUGGCCCCUCCCACAGUGGUCAGGGGUACCCCCGCAGCCAUUCGGCAUGUCCCUCCCCUGUUAGCAUGGGACGCUGCCUCACCCCUCUCACUUUAAAGCGUCCUCCCCCUUAUGAUAGUUUGAUGGCAGGAGGAAGCAUGCCACGCUCGCAUAAGUCCCAAGAUGGAGCUAAUAAACUCCAUAACUCCAACUCUGCCAACGGCUCGCUGCAAAAUGUUUCUGCAAGGUCGCGAACCCCAACAAGCCCCUUGGAGGAAGUGAGUAAAGGAUCAACAGGGAGAAAAGGAAGAGAGGGAGACGCAGAGUCCAGGACUGGGUGCAGACUGGGACGCUCAGCAUCCACAUCGGGGGUGCCCACCCCAGGUGGGACGCCUCAACGCUUCACCCCACAUCCGGCCCUCAGCCAGAUGCCGUGGAUUUGUGGCGAUGCUACUAUGAUGCAGAUGAUCGAGAAGAAGAGAGUUCUGUGUGGAGAAAUCAAGUGUCGUCAGGGAACAGAGAAGAGCCUGUAUAAGCAGGACAGCAUGCCCAUCUUGCCCAGUUGGAAGAGAAGGCAGCCUCCACCCUACCCUUCUACCAAAACUGCUGUCAUCUGGGAUACUGCUAUAUGAAAUCACAGAGCCGACUAUACAUCAAACACACAACAUGUGUGAGGAGGAGGAGGGGAAGGAAAGCCAUACUGUUGUAGCAAAGCGUCCCAAAAAAAGGAAAAGGACUUCAACAAUACUUCCUGAUCACCCCAGCCCUACUUCCUGUAGCCCCUUACCCUACUUCCUGGUGACCCUAAGCAUACUUCCUUUUAAAGGUGUUACGUGUACGAUUUGUCCAAAUUAGUCCUCCACACAUUAGGGGGCAGCAUAUUACCAGAAAGUGAAAGUUGUCCAUCCACAUUGUAUUCUAACUGGUCUGGAAAGCGUUUUGGUGAAUUGCGUAUCAUCCAACAACGAACUUAACAUAUUUACACUGUCAGUAAUGUUUUAAAAUGUGCUACAUUUAUAAGCCAUCGCUACAUAGCCAAAGUUAGCACUAACAGCUGUUUCCAGAGGUGGAAAGCAACGCUUGAAAGAAUACGCCCUCUGGGCGGUGCUACUUGCAUCCAUUCAUGUAUGUCUGAGGGUAGACUGGAAACUGCAGUGACGCUGACCUCUUGUGGUACAAAGUGGUAUUACGAGACAUUACGGCCCAGCGGUAGCGGGGCUAGCUGCUAUCUUAAAAAAAAUAUCUCUGAAACAUCAUACAGAAAGGUAUUGACAUUACGUCAAAACGGGUAUUUCUUCACUUUCUGUUGAUAAUGGUAAAAGUUCCUUUUUUAAAUGUCUAAAGUAGUAAUCUUACUCGUUACACCUUUAAAAAAGAUCUCCCCCCCCAAACCCCCGCCACCACAUCGACAGCCAUUUUAGAAGAUCAUUGUGCUCCCUCAACCAAUUGUUGAAUACUCGAUACGGCCACAAAGGAUGCAGAAGUGUAUCCUAACAGGAAGUUUGUGAUUCUUCCCUCACGUCAUCAGACAUUGACACGUCAUUCUGCCACAUGGACGCAAAAAAAAAUUGCUUUGCUACAAAGUCUGAACUUGUGAUAGGUCAUAUCCUGCCCUCAGCUGGAUCAUUCGAAAAGGUUUUAAGUGGGACCUAAUUUGAUGUCACGUUACUCUUACCCCUACCUUAUAGAUUUAGAAAACAUAUGCAAUGUAUUUCUUGAACAGAUUAAAAGAAUCAUCUUAAUGUCACAAUGUUUAAGAUUGAGCCCCUUCAAAUUAGUUGGCGUGAGACCUUCGAUCUAAAGAAACUGUUUUCUUUCCACUCUAACUGUGAAACUGUGUGACGUAAACUAGCGUGGUUUGGCUGGAUAAAAUGUGAUUUGAUUGAUAACAUUAAUGUGAUCACUGCCAAUCAGCAUUGACUACAGAUAUGUCCAGGUUACCUUGAAUUACGAGCUAGUUGAGAUGUUACCCAUUUCGAAUUGAAGGAUGUAGGCUACUUCAAAGUACUAAGUAGGCCUACUUCAACCACGGGACAGGGAUGGUAAAUGUACUAAAACUGGACCAGAUUUUAGUAUCUGAAGCACUCUGGUUUCCGUUUGUAGUACUGAGCAAUGUUUGAGCGGGCUUUGGUUGCAUUCAGGUAAACAGUCUGUGGAAAGCAACAAUCUCCGAACACAUCGUCUAUCGUCUGACUACAUUUCCGUUUUUUUUAUUAGCUUUUUUUUAUCUGUUUAAACAGAUCAGCCAAAAUGUGGUCUUGACCUGAAACCCCUUAAAAAUUUUCAAAACAAUAACCAGCGCACGGAAGAGAAAAUCGGUGCUUGGAUAUUUGUUAUCCGGCUAGAUCGGAACCCCAUAAAUAUUGUCGAAUGUCCGUAGUCAUCGUCGAAAGCUAAGCCUAUGGUUUCCGAGAUUGGGGUAAGGGUGACAAAAUGUCCCAUUCACGCGUCAUAUUCAGCCAUGAAUUCAGCACUACUUCUUAAAGCUGUUCAAUUACUUAUUUUACAUUCACUAUUGAACAUUGCUGGCUAGGCCCAAGAUGUACCCUUUAUUUAAAUAUUGAACAUAACAAACAUUUAAGUCUACUAAAUAUCUCAUAACAUUUAAAGAUAAAUUACGUUACUUAUUUCUACAGAUGAUUUAUUUAUUAUCAACUGUAGCAAAUACUACAGAUGUUCCCUGCUCUCAAUGCUAUGAAUAUGUAGGGGCCCUCUAAGAAGUAAAGGGCUGUGAAACUGCUGUGAAAAGCUGUGAAACUGUUUUAAGGGGUCAGUCUGUUGAAAAUCUCAGAUGAUGAGAGGUAACGAUGUAAAAAGUAAAGGACAUAAAAGAAGAUUGCUAUCAUUAUAUAAUAGAGAAUGAGAAAGAAAGGAAUGGAAUUGGAAUUCUAAAUAUUGAUUGACAAUUAACACAUAAACCUUAGCUGCUGGACCAAUAAGCUCUCCUACAAAAAAACGCCAUUGUGUUUGUAAAAUUGAAACGUGUUUACAGUAGUUAUACCGAACACACACACACACACACACACACACACACACACACACACACACACACACACACACACACACACACACACACACACACACACACACACACACACACACACACACACACACA